AAUUUAGUUCGUCGUACGUAAGUAGUUCAUGAAUAUUCAUGACAUGUGACCAUUUGUCCGCACUUAAAACCCGUGCGGUCAUCUUUCUGACCAUCGACUCUCGCUAUAGCCUAAAGUAGACACGUGUAUUAUGUCCGAAGAAGAAAUUUCUGCCGUGGAGCCAAUGGACGAAAGUCAACUCUUAAAAGACGACGAAAGUGAUCUUACUACAGCUGAUGCAGUUUCCUUAUUUAACAGUUCUUUAAAUAAGGCCCUUCAGAGACAGAAAAGUGAGAUUUUAUCGGAGUUCAAAAAGACCCAAGUAAGCUCUGUCAAUACAAACACGCACACAAGAAUUGAACAUUUGCUAACUUCCGAGUCACUUGACCAAACUCUUGACCUACAGUCUAUUGUUAAAACUGAGCUUGACACUUUGAACCAGCGAAACAAAAUUCUGAAAAUCGCUGAUCGCCAUGGGUGGGAUACCGUUCACGAAUAUCUGGACGAUCCUCUUGCUGACAAUGUUGAAGAUGCUUCAAAGCUACGCACUGCCGUUUUCAGAGCUAACCAGGUGGUGGCAGAGGAGGUUUCAAUGGCAGAGAAUUUUUUCGUGGCUUCAGCAAAGAAUCUGGACCCAGAAAUGACAACUACAGUCAACAAAACAACUCCCAGCAGCAGUACAACGACGGACUGUGCUUUUACUGCAAAAGACCAGGACACACUGCCCGUUUCUGUCCCUUCAAAGCACGUGCCUUCAGUAGUACCAAGUCAGCACCAGCCACUAUUACAAGUGCUCCAUCCCUGUCUUAAUGAAAAAGACAGUGCAACAUGGAGGAAAAUUUCUCAGUUUGCGAAUUCAAAUCAAGAGUUUACCGGAUGUGAAAAAAGCAUUUUCAAUAUUGUGAGAAGCAGUAAAGCAGUUUCUACAAAUAAAAAGUAUGAUGUGUAUUUCAAAAAAUUUAAAGAAUGGUGUAUUUCAUAUAAAGUUAUUCCGUUACCUGCAAGUGUAUCCUCCGUUGCAGUUUAUAUUAGUGGCCUUGUGCAGCGAUCCGUAUCUGAGUCUGUUUUAUUAGCUCAUUUUUAUAGCAUAAAGUGGUAUCAUGAUUUCAGUUUAGUGUGCAAUCCGUGUGAAGACAAGCUUAUUCAGAUGAUGAUUGAAGGAGCUAAGAGAAUUCUAAGUAAACCAGUUUUGAAAAAAGAGCCAAUGACAGCAGAUCAUUUACAGAAGAUAGUGGACAAAAUUGGUAGUGAUCGUGCUCAUUUGCCGAAUGUUAGAAUUUGUGCUAUGAUGUUAGUUGGUUAUGCAGGAUUUUUACUCUACAGUGAGAUAGCAAAUUUAAAAAUGUGUAACAUAAAAUUUUUUGACACUUAUGUUUCUUUGAAUAUUGAAACUGGGAAAACUGAUGUAUAUAGAAGGGGUAAUAAUGUUAUAAUUUCUAAAACAAAUUUGCCUACCUGUCCAGUAGUUUGGUUAUUGACAUACAUUAAUUUAGCUAAAUUGGCUUUGGAUUCUAAUCAAUAUGUGUUUCGUUCUGUUAGAUUUUUUAAGUCAAUAAAUUCUUAUAAGUUAGCAGAGGUUAAUCGUCCGUUAUCUUAUACUAGAGCUAGGGAGUUACUUUUGGGCACAUUAACUGCGAUUGGUCUUGAUUGUAAACCUUUUUGUCUUCAUAGUUUGCGCAGUGGUGGUGCAACUGCUGCUGCAAGAAAUGACGUUUCUGAUCGUUUAAUUAAAGAGCAUGGAAGGUGGCGUACCGAUUUUGCUAAAGAUGGUUAUAUCAAAGAUUCUGUUAAAAAGCAACUAACGGUUUCGUCAAAUCUUGGUAUAUAA